AUGUCGGCCGACGCGGGCCCCAGCUCUGCUGCCCAGCCGAACCUCAACUUGACCCCCGACGAGAAGCGAGUCUAUGGCCAGCUCUUCCGUCAGGCUGACACCGAUGGCGUCGGUGUUGUCACUGGCGACGUCGCCGUCACAUUCUUCGACAAAACACGUCUUGAUUCUCGUGUCCUAGGAGAAAUCUGGCAAAUCGCCGACAAGGAGAACAGAGGCUUCCUCACGCCUACAGGCUUUGGCAUCGUCCUGCGCCUCAUUGGCCAUGCGCAAGCCGGAUCGGAACCGACAAAAGAGCUGGCACUUCAGCCUGGGCCUCUGCCGCGAUUCGACGGCUUCGCGCUACCCUCAGUGGCAUCCCCUAUACCAGCCCAGCAUUCCGGCACCCCAGCCGGUGCUCGCAUCCCACCCCUGACGCCCGACAAGAUCACACAAUACAAAAGCCUCUUCGAUCGCCAGCCUCUGCAAGGCGGCAUGCUCCCUGGAGAGCAGGCUCGCUCUAUUUUCGAUCGAUCUGGGCUCCCAAACGAGACUCUUGGCUCCAUCUGGGGUCUGGUCGACACCCAGCAGCGUGGAGCGCUUUCUGCGCCUGAGUUUAUAGUCGCUAUGCACCUCCUCACAUCUACAAACUCUGGUGCCCUCCGCUCGCUGCCUACUGUCCUGCCACCUGCUAUUCUAGAAGUCGCUGCUGGACGUGGACCGGCGAGACAAUCCCCACGAACCAGUAACGCUGGCCUCCCCCGCCAGCUCACUGGGCAGCUCUCUGGGCAGCAGAGAACAGGAAGCCCUCUUGGACGUCCUCCUCAACCAGGCGGCGACUGGCUCGUAACGUCCGCUGACAAGGCGAGGUUUGACCAGCUCUAUGCAACCCUGGAUAAGACAAACAAGGGCUACAUCACUGGCGAGGAGGCUGUUCCUUUCCUUAGCCAGUCCAAUCUCUCCGAAGAUGCCUUGGCACAGGUCUGGGACCUGGCCGAUGUCAAUUCGCAAGGCCAGCUCACUCGCGAUGAGUUUGCUGUUGCCAUGUACCUCAUCAGGCAGCAGAGGCUUAAUCCUUCUACACCACUUCCCUCUACUCUGCCCCCUAACCUCAUCCCCCCUAGCCUGCGUACCCAGGCGCGCCCGCCUCCUGCCACUGGCUCGCCAUUUGACCCGCCGCCCAUGGUCAGGCCCCCUCCGCCGCAACCGAAAUCUGCCAUGGAUGACCUAUUUGGUCUUGACACAUCGCCCAUACCGGCGCCUCCCGCCCCACGACAAGACCCCAUGUCCACUGGCGGCUCUGGUACCGACCCCUUUGCUGGCGGUCCUACUAAUGCCACCCCAUCCUCACCUAUCACUGGUGGCAAUAACUUCAAGGCGUUUGUACCAAGCUCCUCUUUCGGUAGGGGCCUAACCACGCAUAACACUGGCUCCCCUGUCACAUCUCAGCCCCCAGCCUCCGAAGAUCUUCUCGCAGACAACAACCCUGAGGAGAGCAAGAAUAUCACUGGUGAAAGCACUGAGCUUGCCAAUCUUUCUAACCAAAUCAGCACUCUCUCUACGCAGAUGCAAGAGACUCAGUCUAAGCGCACGGCGACUCAGAAUGAUUUGAACCAAACAAACACCCAGAAGCAAAACUUUCAGCAAAGGCUGGCUCAGCUACGCACGCUUUAUGAAAAGGAGGCCCAAGACACACGUUCCCUGGAAGAGCAGCUGCGGACCUCGAGAACCGAGACGCAAAAGCUGCAAGGUGAAUGCAUGACAUUGGAGGGCACCCUGUCGGACGCCCAAGCCCAGCGCCAGCAAGUCCUGACUGCGCUGCAGUCUGAUCAGCAGGAGAAUACCAGCCUUCGUGAGCGUAUCCGGGUGGCCAAUGCCGAGCUAACGCAGCUGAAGCCUCAAAUUGAAAAGCUCAAAAUGGAGGCUCGCCAGCAAAAAGGUCUGGUAGCCAUCAAUAAGAAGCAGCUUCUGACUACAGAGGGUGAACGUGAUAAGCUCAAGACAGAAGUGGCGGACCUUGGUAAGGCCCCAAGCGAGGAGACGUCUCGUGGAGGUGAUACUACCUCUGCCGCCAAUACUCCUGGCGCUGGUGUCACCAGCCCUGCGCUCUCGACGGCGAGUGGAAACAACCCUUUCUUCAAGCGCACCGCUAGCUCCGACAUCAUGGGCGUCUUUUCACCCCCUGCCGGUACGGCCGGUACGGACGACAUUUUCGGCCCCUCGGGUGGUGCAGCUGGACAGGCCCCUGCCCCGUUCCGUCCCCAGACCACUGGAAACUCGACUUCGAGUGGUGGACAGGCCCCUGCUCCGUUCCGACCCCAGACCACGGGAACUUCCACUGCAAGCGCUGGCUCCUUCUCAACUCCUCCCAGUUCAACACCGGUCUUGAGCCGCCAGACUACUCUCCGAGUUGACAACCCACCCCCUCCACCGGAGUCGCGACAGAUUAGCUCUAGUUUCCUGCCUUUUGGCGCUCCGGCCGAGUCUGUCUCAUCUUCUCGUCAAGUAUCACCACCGGCUUCUCGGGCUGACGGGUCGGUUACCGAUGGACCAAGUGCUGCUAGCAAGUCAAUUGACGAGGGCGGCAAAGAGGAGGAGGCGAAGACCCCCACUGCAGGCGAUGGCAAGGCUAUUGCGAGCCCCGGCAAAGAAAAUGCGGCGCCAUUCAGCGAUGAUACGGACAAGGCCAAGGCUGACUUUGACAAUGCUUUUGCGGCUUUUACUUCGUCCAAGUCUGCGCCCACUGCUGAGGCUACUGCGCCCAAAACCCAGUCGGCAUUUGACACCGAAUUCCCUCCCAUUUCAGAGAUUGAGCGUGACGAUGAGUCUGACUCUGAGAGCGACCAGGGUGGCUUUGAUGACGAUUUCGCUCCUACCUCUCCAGGAAAGGAUAAGGCUGCCCAAAAGGCCACUCCUCCUGUCGCUGCACCCUUGCCUGAGAAGGUCGAAGAGACUGCUGAAGCCCCCAAAGAAGAGAAGUCUACUUUUCCUGCCAUUGUAGCGGCUCCCACAGCUGUUCCCACAGCUGCCCCAACAGCUGCUCAAGGGUCAUCUGUGGACGAUAUCUUUGGCCCCUCUGCCUCUAGUACUGGUGCCGCGGCUCCUGUCGCUGCCACCCAGCACAAGGGCGUGUUCGACGAUCUAGAUGAUGACUUUGAGGGACUGGAAGAGGCCAAGGAGGGCUCUGCGGAUGAUGACUUUGCCAACAUCUCUCGGUCUGGCUUUGAGGACUACAAUGCUGGUUUUGACAGCCCGCCCGCAAGCCAGGCCAAGGGUGACCACGGCGGCUUCGGCAACGAAAGCAGUUUUGACUUUAUCCCGUCCAAUCCCGCUGGUGCCGAGUCAAAAGGCGCCGAGUCGCAUGACUGGGACGCCAUCUUUUCGGGCCUCGACUCGUCUGACCCUGCCGGCAGCACGGCGGCAGACUCCAAGAAGGACGAGAGCAAACUGCUCGAUCGACCUCCCGCCGUCGGGCGUGCCCUUACCGACAAGGGCGAGCACGACGAUCCGAUUCUGAAGAGCCUCACAGGAAUGGGCUAUUCACGACCCGAUGCCCUCGCUGCUCUGGAAAAGUACGACUACAACCUAGAGAGGGCCGCCAACUUUCUCGCCAGCAAAUCUUAG